GCACCCAAGCUCUCACUUUCUACAAUUUACCCAACUUCACAGUCACUUCUCCGUUGUCGUCCACUUCUCUGUAGUUGGAUCUCGGGUUACGGUGUUUCAGAUUGGGUCUUCUAUUUUGCGAUACAUACAGUGUAGAUCGAUUCUGACGACUACGCUUGCAACUGAUCUUUUAGGAGAGGACUCUGCUGCUAGCCUUUGGUGCAGUUUCUAGGGUUUUAUCGUCGUAGAAGAGAGCUGUUGUUUGACCCAGAUUCUCUCUUUUGCCAUCGUUCGAAAAUGAAGCUCACUGUUAAAACGCUGAAAGGCAGUCACUUUGAAAUCAAGGUCCAUGGCACUGACACUGUUAUGGCUGUGAAGAAGAACAUCGAAGAUGUGCAAGGGAAAGACAAUUACCCAUGUGGACAGCAGUUGUUGAUUCACAAUGGGAAGGUGUUGAAAGAUGAAACUACAUUGCUAGAUAACAAGGUCACAGAAGACGGUUUCCUUGUUGUCAUGCUUAGUAAGAGUAAAACAUCAGGCUCAGCUGGGGCUUCUUCUACUAUGCCUGCUUCAACAACUGUAUCCACAGCUGCACCAGCUUCAAAUCUGACUCCUACACCUGGAGGUGCUGCACAAGAAUCUGUACUAAGUGAUACGUACAGUCAAGCUGCUUCAAAUUUGGUUGCUGGUAACAGUCUUGAGCAGACAAUUCAACAGCUAAUGGACAUGGGUGGUGGCAGCUGGGACAAAGAAACAGUUACUCGUGCACUUCGAGCAGCAUAUAACAACCCAGAACGGGCUGUAGAUUAUUUAUACUCUGGUAUUCCAGAAACUGCAGAAGUUGCUGUGCCAGUGGGUCAUAAUCCUGUUAGUCAGGUGACUGAAACAGGUGCAACCCCUGCUUCGUCGGUAUCUCAAGCUCCUAAUACAUCACCCUUUAAUAUGUUUCCUCAGGAAACACUCUCUGGGGGAGGUGGUGGUGAUGGAUCCCUUGAUUUCCUUAGAAACAAUCAGCAGUUCCAAGCAUUGCGGUCAAUGGUGCAAGCAAACCCACAAAUUUUGCAGCCAAUGCUUCAGGAGCUUGGAAAGCAGAAUCCCCAACUUUUAGGAAUGAUUCAAGAGCAUCAGGCGGAGUUCCUUCAGUUAAUAAAUGAACCUCUUGAAGAUUCUGAAGGGGACAUAUUUGAUCAGCCGGAGCAAGAUAUGCCUCAUGCUAUCAAUGUGACACCAGCCGAACAGGAGGCAAUUGAACGACUGGAGGCGAUGGGUUUUGAUAGAGCCCUUGUAAUUGAGGCAUUCCUGGCUUGCGAUCGCAACGAAGAAUUGGCAGCCAACUACCUUCUAGAAAAUGCGGCAGAUAUUGAGGAUUGAGUUGCUAACUUUCUUGGACUUCAUAGGUCCGAUGUUGCAGAUGGAUCCUUGCCCUUGUCAGCAUCCUUGGUAAUGUUUACUGAAUAGAAGCUCUGUGACUACCAUGGAUAAAAAAAAGAUUUCCUAUUUUAUGUUAUUGAAUAAUUUUGAUAUAGGUGCCCUGAAUAUUUAUUAUUUUCUGUUCCGACAAUAGAUUUCUAUUGUCAGACGUAACAAGGGAUUGAGUUUUGUUUGUCACCAGAUGAAAUUUGUAACAAUUUAAACACUUUUUGUCACAAAAUCCAUUCAGGGGCUUGCUUGUAUGUUUCUUGAGAUUGGAUUGCCAUUACAAUUAUAGCGCUGAUGGUGUCAAUGGGUCA